UGGAUGCGCUCAGGCCGGUGCCGGGAGCGGAGCGCUGCGCUGCCCGCAGCCGCCGGGACAUUGCGGUGCGGGGUGUCCUCUGCUGCGGAGCGGGCAGCAUGGAGUACGCGGUCCUGGGCGUCCUGGUGCAGCUGCUCGGCUGCCUGCUGUCCGCGGCAUCCAGCACACGUCCGGAGUGCAGCAUCAUGCAGGAGAUUGAAGAGGAGCGCAUCCAGUGCUUGGCAGAGCUUACUGGGGACAACCAGACGUCAGGUUGCAGAAGGCAAUGGGACAACAUCACGUGCUGGCCUGAAGCGGAGGUGGGAGAAGUUGUGGUACGGCCGUGCCCAAAGUACUUCAGAUUCCUCACCGCUUUUCUCGGGAACGUGACCAGGAAUUGUACAAGCGAGGGCUGGACGGAUGUGUACCCUGCGCCGUACACCGUAGCUUGUGGAUAUGAUUCCAACAGCACUCCAGAGGAAGAGCAAACGACAUUCUAUGGCACAGUCAAGACCGGCUACACCAUUGGACAUACCUUAUCGCUCAUUGCUCUCACAGCAGCUAUGAUCAUUUUGUGUCUCUUCAGAAAACUGCACUGUACUCGAAAUUAUAUUCAUAUGCACCUCUUCAUGUCCUUCAUAAUGAGAGCCAUCGCAGUCUUCAUAAAAGAUGUCAUCCUGUUUGAAAGCGAAUCUGAACACUGCUUUGUGAGUUCAGUAGGCUGCAAAGCCAUGAUGGUUUUCUUCCAGUACUGCAUCAUGGCCAACUUCUUCUGGCUCCUGGUGGAGGGGUUGUAUCUUCACACCCUGUUGGUCAUCUCCUUCUUUUCGGAGAGGAAGUACUUCUGGUGGUACAUCUUGAUUGGCUGGGGUGCCCCCUCUGUGUUCAUCACUGCUUGGACUAUUGUCAGGAUUUACUUUUUCAAUGUUGGGUGCUGGGAGGAAAUAGUGGAAUCCCCAUUCUGGUGGAUCAUUAAAACUCCUAUUUUGGUGUCUAUUUUGGUGAACUUCAUUCUCUUCAUUUGCAUUAUCCGUAUCUUAGUCCAGAAGUUGCAUUCCCCAGACGUUGGACACAAUGAAACCAGCCAAUAUUCGAGGCUGGCCAAGUCCACCUUGCUGCUGAUCCCUCUCUUUGGCAUUCACUACAUCAUGUUUGCUUUCUUUCCUGACAAUUUCAAAGCAGAAGUUAAGCUGGUCUUUGAGCUCGUGGUUGGGUCGUUCCAGGGAUUUGUGGUGGCUGUUCUGUACUGUUUUCUCAAUGGAGAGGUCCAAGCUGAGCUCAAGCGAAAGUGGCGGAGGUGGCAUCUGGAGCGGUUCCUGGGCUCGGACAUGAAGUAUCACCACCCUUCCUUAGGCAGCAACGGUACCAACUUCAGCACUCAGAUCUCCAUGCUGACCAAGUGCUCACCAAAGACACGGCGGUGCUCUGGCUUCCAGGCCGAAUUCUCUCUGGUGUGAUGGGGAGAGGCUCUCCAAGCACUGAGCAUCCAAGAGAGAAAAUGAGAGACAGAAGGAUCCCCAGGAAUCAGCGACACGAUGACAAAUCCUUGUGAAAUGACAUGCUCCGCAUGAGCCAACAGAGGACACAAAACUGGAAAAGCCACCGGCAUCCAGAACAAGAUCAGACAAGCCAAGAGGCAGAGAAAUAAUUUUCCUCUCCCUCUUUUCAGACCUUUCACUCUUAAGUUGCAAGCCCUCAGGGGUUGGUAACAAUGAGUAAAGGUCCCAGUCACUUGAGGAGAGCCUGGGAGAUCCUGAUGUGUCAUAAACAAUGAAGUACAGGGGGUAAGGGAGGGGAGAGCCUGAGUCCUUGGUGGCUUUACCAGAACUGGCAUCUCUGAAACAGAUAAAUUGCACUUUUUUAAAAAAUGAGCCAGUAAGGGAGAGAGGGAGGCAAGAAGCAGGGAAAAAAAAAAAUGCCAAACAUGAAUGUGCCAAAAGUCCCGUCGGUAAGAGGUGGUGAUAAGGCACCGAAGACAGACUCGGGGACACGGGGAGAAGGGACAGGAGGAACAUGAGCAGGAAGGGGAGAGGCCAGCGCACGGCCCCUGCCUCUGUGUUUUACACGAGUGAAGAUGAAGCUGCAGCCCCGGGAAGGCCCCUCGGAGGAUGCCCCAGUGCUGCAGUGUGUUCUGCUAAUUGCCCGCUAUCCUUAUUAGCAAAAGCAUUCCAAGCACCCUUGGGUGCCCUCUGGAAAAGCAGGUCACUGAGAAGGAAUAGCGUGAAUGCCCUUCUCUGCAGUAUGUUCAUGAUGUCAUGUUUUGUUUGGUUGUUUUCAAUGAACAGGAAACUCAAUUUACAUGUAUAAAAACCAGGUACAGAUGCCAAAAGCGGAGCACAGCUGUGUUUUUCAUUCUUUUUAAGUUUGCCCAUAGGUCUUGGUGCAUUAACGCACCCAGGAUCGUUAGGGAUCAGGGGAAAACAAUUGGUGUGUAAUUCGUUUGCACUUGCUUAGCACACACUGCCAGGAAAGGGAGAUGUAGAACCCUGUAAUCCUUAAUUGAAUCAGACCUGCCAUAAGGAGCAACUCUCCAGAUGAAAAAAAUUAGCGUCACAGCAGCAAGGAAAAUUGCUUUCAUCAGAACAAGGUUGUCUCAGCACGUAACUGGCGCUCCAGGAGUCAGGAAGGAGUGAAGGAGCUAUUAAAUUGAUUCCUUCUUCAGCUUUUGCAGGGAGCUUUCAUCCUAUGAUGAAGGCAUUGUUAGAUCUUUAAGAUGUGCGUGUGUAUUUUACCUCUUUUCUGAAGGCCUAUUAGUUUCCAUAUGGGACAAUCCCUAUGUGAAGAAUGCACAUAGAUCCUGUCCCACCCAACUGCAUCGAAUGGGGUUGCACCAGUUUUACAGCUCAGGUACACGCUUAGUAAUUGGGUUGCUGUCAUCAUAACAUGUCAUAGCACUGUUCUCCUCAAGGAGAGUCUUGGUCAGCAAUGCACGUACAUGGCAAGGAAGGUGGGCUGCUCUUUCAGAGUUCAGAGAUCUCAACUUAUCGACCAAGUACUAACAGCUCCUGGACUUCCUUUUCUUCAUGGUGAAAUGUAGUUCAUUGAAGGGAAGCAUCUUGAACUUGGUGGGUUUGGGGUUUGUUUAGCUUGCUUGUUUGGUUGCCUUAAGCAUCUGUGAUUCACUGCCAACAGACCACACUGAGCCCAGGAGGAGAGUUGCAGAUCUGGACAUCCAGUUCCUUUCUGAGUUCUGAGAGGGUGGUUGUUCCAUGCUGUAACCCUCCCCAGAGCUAUACCUGUUAUCAUCUGAGCUCGAUGCUUCCAAAGUAUUUCUCCUCUUGUGCGACUGAGGCCCUAGAGGGCUGAAGUCAGUAAGGGGCAUGAGAUACUCUGAUACGACUGCCGUGAAGGGUAGACAUGCAGUCAUGAGUUUUCAGUGAGCUAGCUCAGAUGCUGUCACGGUAUAGCCAUGGCUACCCAGCCUGGAAAACCUAAGAGGAUAGGUAGAUAUUGUGAAGAUAGUUAUUAUGAGCUCCACGGUUCUGGAAUUAAAGUGCUGAUGAGACCCCAGGGUAGCCAGGUGCAAGCCAUCUUUGUUAUGGCUAUGUUACACCAAAACUGUAUCAUUGGCAGUUAGAAUCCAACACUGACAUGCCAUAAGAUCAUCAAAAUCCUCUCUUAGCAGCACACUCAUCCCCAAAAUCCAGAGAAACCACAAGGAUGCUUAAAAUUUCCCCAUGUUGCUUGCACUGAAGCCCUGAUACACCAGGAACAAGGUCCCCAUUGAAAUCUCCAUGAGGUUCUCAGGGGCAAGGACCCUCCUUGUGUUUGGUGCUGGUGCUGCUCUGGUGAGUGCUUUCAGACCUGGAUUAGGACUCACACAGAAGAUGCUGGAGAAGUCACACCAGUACCACUAAUUCUUCUCCUGUGCCUGGUUCAAAGCAAGGAUUUAACCUAGCUCUGCGUUUCACCAGGUGAAUGGCUAGCUGCAAGGAAGCCCAGAAGCAGCAAGGGAAAGCUCUCUCUCAGCUUCCAAGUUGUUCCACUUGGUGUAAAAUGCUUCCUCUCACUGAUUCAGAGUUUGGAAACAACAUCAGUCUGGGAAAGAUUUGAUUCAUCAGGCUGCAGUCACUUGCCCUCUAUCUAUCAUGGUAGCUAUUUAUGUCCAAGAAGAUUGACAGGCUGCAGAGGAGCGCUGCCCAAUCUUGUUAAUGCAUCCACGGAGGUGCCUAAGGUGUGAACUUGAAUCCCAGGUCCCAGACAAGCAGAGGAGGAGUUUGAGCACAAAGCCGUUGAACAUAAGAGAUGCACCAUUGCCAGCAACCUCCUUUGUGAGAUGUGAGGGAAACCCUUCCCAUCUCUUUUAGGCAGCCUUGCAGGGGUAGAAGGUCCAUGUCUGUGAGCCAUGAGCAGUGAGACACAUAGUGCAUUUUCCUUCUGCCCUUCACCUUCCUGUUCCUCUCCCUUGUGCUUGUAACUCCAUUUGCAGGAGGACCUUCUGCUUUGUAUUCACAGCUUCUCUUCCAUUUCAGUCCUGUGCUAACCUGUGCCAGCAUCAACCAUAUGCCAAAGGCAGCAGGAAUGGACUUGCCUUUUAGAGACAUGACAGGCAAAAAUUCAGCUGGUUAUUUACCCAUGCCACAGGGCCUUCUGCAGCCCAUGAGAUUAACCACCAGGCUAUUCUGAAUGGGAUCCUGGAGAUAGGAUGUGACCUAAACUGAGGGGCUCCUUCAAAAAAUGUUGACUACAUUAGCAUGCCAGGAACAGUGCCCCCCAAGCAUCCUACUUGCAAUUAUUUCAUCACCGAACAUCCAGCCGCAUCGCCAUUAUGCUGUCAAGGGUGUUUGAGAGAUUAAAUGAAUGUGCUGAAUAUACCUGCUGUGACAGGCAUGGCAAUAUCAGUGAUGCAGGCAGGCAGAGCUGCCAGCCCAGCUGUGUUGGCCUCCUAUUUCAGGAGAACAGAGGAGUCAGUGGUGAAAUCAGAGCCUUUCACUCCGGGGAUAUGAGCAAUCAAGUGAACGAUGACAUUUGGAUCAGGCCGUCAUUUAAGCGGCUUAGUGCAGGAAUUUGGCCCGAUAACUUCGCAUCCUCUACUCUGUUUUUCAUCCAGCUCAUCAAUAAAAUGGAGUUCAAGGACCUCACUUGCAACCCCAAAUGUCAACCCCGACUGCGUUGUCCUGAACCCAUGCAGAACACACGAUGCAGCGCUCAGGACUGCUGCUGGUGCUCACAAAGUCUGACCCCCUUUAACUCUGGGAUAAGACAGGAAUGACUCCAGUGAGGGCAACCUCAUUAAUUUGCCGCAAAAUAAUAUUAAGAAGCAUACCUGGAUGUGGCAGGCUUUUAGAUAUGUUUAAGGAUCAUGAAUUUGGACUCCAAAACUCUUUAAAGAAAUCAGGCCAAACUCUGAUCCCACUUGCACCAAUCAGUUCACUUCAGUGACUCCUGAGUUACACCAGUAUUAAACUGGAAUUUGCCUUUAGAAUAAUUCCUUUAUCUUCAGCCUGGAACUGUUUACUCCCUUUUUAUACCAGUGAGAGCUCAACCCCCUCCUGUUAAUUAGUCACUUUGUAUUUCAGUGGUUAAACUAUUAAACAAUUAUGAAUAAGUAUGGAAGAAUUAAAAUAUAAAAAAUUAUUGUCUCAAGGUCUAGAGGUGCAAGGUUCAAUGCUAACAUUAGACUGUAGAUAUUUCUAUUCAGCUGGGACCUAUAUUGCUCUGUGGCCCUCUCAUAAGCCGCAAGAAAUGAGAAUAUGGCCAUGUUUAGGGUUUAAAAAAGAGCAGUAAAGAAAUUCUAGGCUGUUGCAGAAUUUCAGGGCAUUAACUUGAAACUAGUUUUUAAAAUCUGAGGUAUAUAUGCAGCAGCAUCAUUACUGUAGUUAUGGAAUGAAAAAGGGAUCCCAAAAAAGCCCAGGAGACAAAACUUUUUUUUUUUUUUGGUUGGUUGGGUUUUUUAAUAUUUUUUUUCCUAGGAAGCAGUUGUAUUUUUCUCAAGGAGGCCUUACUGAAGAACAAAUGUUUUGUACAUUAACUAAUCAGGAGAUUUACCUUCUUUCUCAAUAUCCUGUUCAGCCCAGAAGCAAUGAGGCAGGGUGGUAUCUGUGUCACGGGGCUAUGGGAGCAAAGGGAUUAAAAUCAAAUCUCUGCUCCAAUCUGAUGGAAAUACUUUCAGAGAGAGAUGCACCUGCUGAUUAAUGAAAGUCUGCCUGGUGGUUUUUAAAAAGCAAAAUGAAGUUGCAAAGAAAGCUCAGGAGUGAACAUUGCUUGACUCCAUGGGAUUAAAGGGGUUUGGUGGGAUUAUUUUGUUUCCAUUCCUUCCACCUUCAUCACAGUAUUUAAACAAGCUGAAAUCCAGUGGGUUUCUGCAGGAAAUAUGAAAUAUUUUCAGACUAAAAGGGAAUCUCUCAAACUUGGAAAUGCCAAUAUGUGUCUUUGCGAAGCUUAUUUAAUUCUGUCCGCACAAGUUCUACUUGGUUUGAUAAAUGUCCUAUGGAAGUCCACGUGGUGUCAGAAGCAAGAAGACUGAGAAGCAAUGUUUCUUCUCUGGUGUAACACCAAAGCCCAUGUAAAACAUGCUUCCUCCCCGCUGUGUCCCAGCCCCUCUGCUUUCAGGGAGGGCAUUUAGCUGAAGAAAAGGAUCUUGACCGGGGUGUUGACCCAGCCCAGGCACAGCCCUGUGCUUCCUCCCAAGGCAUCUCUGCACCAGUGAAUGUGCCAAACUCCUGGAGACAAGGACCGCAGUCCUGAGCUCCCUGACUCGCAAUGCAACUUUGCACUUUUCGCACACUGAUGCUUAUGGUGGCAACGACCAUAAUGCUUCUUGAUUGUAGAUGACCCUCAAAGAGCAGGAGGUCAAGCUCUUGGCCUCAUAUAUACCCAUAUCAAUGUGGAAUGAAUCUGCUGGUAUCAUUCUGGAACUAAACUGGUGUAAUAAGGAAAAGAAUUAAGUCCCAGACCGGUACGUGGAGUCAGAUGUCCCAAAAUCCAGAGAUUUCAAUCCAUUUCCUUUCAGUCAAUUUUUCCCCCCGUCUCCAAACCCAGUAUUUACAUACCAGUCUGAUGAGGUAUAGUUACAAUGACUGAUCUUACUAUUUCCCCUGGAGAUCCGUACGGUUGUAAACUACGGCUUUUAGGAAUUAGGAGUUUCCUGGGCCCAUGGACCGUCUCUUCCACCUCCUACUGUCUGAACUUCCUAACUCCUUGUUUGCUUGCAUGGUGUUGUGCUAUAUACUGAAGAGCCUUGGGUUGGAAACCCUGUUUAUUUCUAGCAUACUGUGAAAUCACAGGGAAGAAGACAAAUAUUGGGACUGGAAACUACGUUAACAGGUCUGUAAGGGAAAUAAUGCCCAUUUGGGUUCUGAGGGCCAGGCCUUUAGGACACGCAAAUUGGCAUCAGCAGAGCACUAGUGUUUUAUACUCCAGUUUUGUGGAUAUUGUAAAUUUGUACAUAGAGGAAAUCUGGAUAGCACAUUUAAAAAAAAAAAAAAAGAAAAAAGAAAAAAACCACACCACCACAUUUUUGAUACUCUAAUGAUGAUAAAUUAAGUUUGAAAAGGCACUUUUGAAUUCAAAGGUUCCUUUCUCAGAGUGUUUCAAACACCUCAAGCUGUUGUUCAGUAGCUGGUGCCAACUGACUCUUCUCACUCAAACUGUAAGCACCUCUGCUCUGCCCUCCUGUAAAUAGGCUUUGACAGCAAAGAGUGAUAAAAACUGGCUGUGAACAGAGAAUCACUGUCUCUGUGGACUUUUAUGUACCUAGGUGCUUGUGAUGUAUUCUUCAUGCCAGUGAGAACAGGCCUGCUUGCUCAGCACAGGUGAAAUCUCCACCUUGUUUCAUGGCCCUUUGCCUGAUGUUAUUUAUUUUGUUCUGACUCUGUACAUAUGCGAUGAAUUGGCUAUUUUUUUCCUUUGUAUUUGGUUCAUCUCCUUGCUUCAGAGGAGGUUCUUCUCUGUGGUUGACACUGCUGACAACAAGCAAUAAAACCAUCGUGAAGACAUUG